AUGCCAAUUCGCCGUGGAGCGCCACGCGCGGCGAAGCUGGCCAUUACUGCGAGGCUUGGAGCUGACGAUGAGCAGAGGAAAGUCAAGGUCGUUACGGACCAGCACGUCAUCGACAAGCCUUCUCCCGUGGCAGAGUUUCCCAUGCGGCAAUGGAGCUUGCGGCUUCACCUUCUAGAUGAGGAUGGCAAUGAGCGGCCCGCCGACGUCUUUACCAAGGUUGUCUACAACCUGCACCCCACAUUCGAGAACCCCGUCCAGACCUUCACCAAGCCCCCCUUCAUCUGCUCCAACGAGGGUUGGGGUGAGUUUGAGAUUGGCAUCGACCUCUACACCACGGAAAAGACCAAGCUGGCUCCCAUCAUCCACGAUCUCAACUUCCAAAAGGAAAAGUACGAGGUUACGCAUACCGUCGUCUUCAAGAACCCCUCGCAGGCGCUCCAGGAGAGGCUUCGCGAGACGGGACCCCUGCCUUCCGACGAAGAGCGGCCUAAGAAGAAGGGCCUCGUGAGCAAGAAGGGCGCCCAAAAGUACGACUACGAGAAGAUUGCCGAGGCCCUGGAGAAGCUCGAGGAGGAGGAUCUGCUGCGCGUCAUCCAGCUGAUUAACGAGAACAAGGGCCCGGAUACGUAUAUCCGAAGCGAUGUGGAAGCUGGCGAAUUCUCCAUCGAUCUGUACACCAUGCCGGAUGCGUUGACAACGAAGCUCUGGGAGCACCUGUCCAAGAAGGGUCUGGUCGCCUAG